CAGACCUUCACUGUCUGUAGCUCUCAGUCAGUAACUGUGCUGGGAAGUGUUUGGAAACUUGAUCCAUUGCAGAAAUGAGGACUAUAUUCAGGGCGUGGAUUCUUAUCAGCUUGUGUGGGCUUACUUUGGGUAAGAGAGGGGGUGGACGAGGUUCCAGUGGGAGGAAAGGAGGUUCUAAAUCCUCCUUCAGCAGGAUCUCCAAGCAUGGCAAUGAAACAAUAGGACAGACUGGAAUGAGGGGAGGAAGUUCCUCCUCUUCUAAAUCCUCCUCCUGGAAUGCCGCCAAGUAUGGAAAUGGAGAAAUAGCCAUAGCACCAGGGAAUGAUGCACCAAGUUGUCGAGUGGAAAUCAAAGACUUCUUCGGGUCCAUCACCAUAACUGGAAUUACUGGGGGCUCAGUUCUUUUGCUCUGCAACUGUGAGGAUAUGCAGUCAAAACCAGGGAGGAUUGUCUGGUCAAAACGAGUUGGAUACAGCUAUGACUAUGAGGGAAUUUACAACAUCACAGAAGGUGACGAGGGACCAUACGUACAUAAGGAUUACCGCGGCAGAGUGGCUCUGGUGGAGGAUGGUUCCCCUGGCAACUUCUCUUUGGUCAUCUCCGAUCUCAGGGAGGAGGAUGCUGCAACCUACCGUUGCUAUGGUGACGAUAGUUCUGAUGAAGUGGACUUGGAAGUUAAAGGCUGCAACUUAGCGAGAUCAGGAGAGAGAGAAGAGAUCAGCAAGUUCUCUGGGGAGUCUGUCCUGCUGCCUUGCUGGUGUGAAGACGAGGUGGCCAAGCCAACGAACUUCAGGUGGACGGACCCCAAUGGUCGCCUCAUCAGAUCCAGCUCUCAGCAGAGCGGUCGCUAUGCCGACAGAAGUGAGAUGUUCCAUGAGAAGGCAGUAUGGAAUGUCUCUCUCCUGCUGUCUGACCUGACGGUAGAGGAUGAAGGAGAUUACACCUGCGAGAUCAACGGCCCAGAAAACAAAGUGGUGUACAGCCUCACUGUCACUGGCUGCGCCCUGGCUGGACAGGACGAGGUGGUGGAAGUGGAGGUACCUGCAGGAUCCUCCGCCCUCUUGCCCUGCGCUUGUACCACACUGCAGGCCAAACCCCAGAACUUCCGCUGGACGCCACCAAAUAACAGAGAGCUCCUCUGGCACUACAAAGGCAGGGCAGAGCUGUUCCAGCAGACCUCAGCUCCAGGGAACCUGUCCUUGCUACUGACCAACCUGAUGCCAGAGGAUGGGGGAGUUUAUCGAUGCGAGAUUGGCGAGGGAAAAUCUAAAGUGUUUGUGCUCGAUGUGAAAGUCGAGUUGGAGCAGCCAUGAUGCCACCUGGACGUGUCUCAUCCCAUGCCAUCCUCAUCUUCCUCCUCAUCACGCUUUACAUAUUGCUGUGGCAGCUUAGCUUUGUACACUGGAGACUGCAUCAGGACACAAAUAAUCAUUCUACCGGUGACGGGCAACUUGGAUUCUGAACCUAGAAACAUGUGCAAUAUAUACCAAGGGGUCAGCCGUGGCCUAGUGGUUAGAGAGUUGGUCUUUCAAUUUAGGGGUUGCCAGCUCAGAUCCCCCCUGAACUCUCCCUACACCUCCAUCCAUGGCUGAAGUGCCCUUGAGCAAGGCACCUAACCCCACAUUGCUCCAGGGACUGUAACCAAUUCCCUGAAAAAUAAUAGUUGUAAGCCGCUUUGAAUAAAUGAGAGCGUCAGCUAAGUGUAAUAUAAUAAUACCAAGUGACAUGGUUGACCUGUCCAAAUCAGGCAGCUGGACCAGCUAGGUAAAACCAGGUCAUGUGUGGCCCUACCGUGGCUGAUAUGGUAGGGCACACGUUUACCACUCGGCCGACCUGGGUUCGUUUCCCGGUCCGGGUCCUUUGCCGGUCCUUUCCCAGCUCUUUCUCCCAGCUCACUUCCUCCUCUGUCCUGUCUCACAAAAAUCAGUAAAGGCUGAAAAGCCCCCAAAAAAUACUUUAAAAAAAAAAACAGUGAAAGUGACGUCACUUCCCCCGAUUUCAUGGGACCUCAGCUGCGUUUUAACGGAAAAUUUUAGCAUGUAAUCCAAUGGCGGUAUUAACAUUAUAUUCCGAUCCCCUUCGAACUGUACCACGAGCUCCACAUAUGUUGUUUCUGAUAUUUUUGUUUAAUUUUUCGUACGAAACACCAAACGUUUUAGAAAGCUGUGUUUCUUCACAUUUUUUCAUGCAGACGGCCUCGGAACAAGAUAUUGAUACUUCUGCAUGAAUAAUCUAUAUCUACCGGUAGCCUCUUAAACAGCAUAUUUGUAGCCCAGCGCAUAUAAUGACUGAAAACAGAAGAUAUUUACUCGCUACGAUGUUGUCAGAUGGUCAGCUUAGGUCCUGUGAAAUGCGGAACAAAGGGGCGGGACUUUCAAGCUCUAUAGCUUCUGAGUCCAGGUUGCUCGUCAAUGCAUACUACAUACCUAGCCUAUGUGUUCAAGAGUGUGUGUUGCCCUGCUGCCCUAAAGGUACACUGUGCAGGAAAUGGUCAAUGCUGUUCAUUGAAACUGGGCUGCCUAUUGCCAAAUUUGAUCUUUAUAUGAAAGUUUACUAAGUAAUAAACACAUAUUUUCUAGUAUGGUACAAGUAGAGUCAUUUUGCACCUAAAAAUUGCUAUUUUUGGAAAUUCAAAAUGGCGGACCAUGGAGAAGACCACCCUUUUCAUGUAUGAAAAGUGCUAUUUUUACGGUCACAAUGAAUACUUAGAAUUUGAUGGUGGUGUUAAGUAUUCAUGAAAAAGGUAAUAUUAGUGAAUGGGCAGCAUGAAUUCUGAAAAUAAACAACUAAAAAUCUCACACAGUGUCCUUUUAAGUUUGUAAGUUAACUCAACUCGAGGCUUUCUCAAGUUGACUUAACUUACAAACUUAAGGCAGCAGGGCAACUUAAUUUUUUUACGUUUAACCAUCUGCAGUGUUUUACAGUGUACCGUUGCCUUCGAGAGUGUGUGUUUGUUUGUAUGGUAAUCACUACUACAGUAUGCAUGUUAGAACCCCGCCAUGAUUAUGUUAUCCGCACUCUCUCUAUCACCAUGUGGUAACUCAAUCACUGGUUUCAAUCAGAGGGGAAUUGUAAUGAAUGGUUCAUUCAGCUCUAUCCCACCUAUUCUACCAGACAUAUGUAUUGUAUGUGUCUCUCUCUGCCUCUUUCUACUAGUGUUCAAUUUAUCUUUGAUUUAACCAGUGUUCUUCAUGGUAAUACUAUAUAGCAAUGUGUUGAUUGUCAUGGUUAACUUGCAUUUGGAUAUGCGGUAAUAAACUGUUCA